AUGAAUGCAAUUAGUGUUCUCACAUCGGUUGCUGGACCUUUGAAAGCAUGGAGAGAAUGGAGCGUGCUUAACAUGAGCGAGCGCAUGACUCUUAGCAAGCAGGAGAAGCCCGAUCUUGUUGAGCAUCUCAUUAAUUACACGCCAAAGAAUCCCGAAGGCCAGCGCGUAACCCCGACCGACGGCUUGCAAAUAGGUUCCCAAUUCAUCCCUGGCAACACAAUCGUUCAGAUACAGCCGUUCGUGAUGAAUCGGGAUCCCCGGAACUUUUCGUGCCCGGAUGAAUUCAUACCUGAGCGGUGGACGACACGCCCCGAAUUAGUGAUAAACAAAGAAGCCUUUAUUCCCUUCAGCACGGGGCCGUAUGAUUGCGUUGGUAAAAGGCUGGCAUACAUGGAGAUGAGGAGCGUUAUUGCCAAAGUGGUAGGCGAGUUUGAUGUAUGUCUUCCGGAGGGGUUUAAGGAAGAGGUAUACUGGGGUGGGGUUAGGGAUCACAUCACUGCAGCCGCGCCGCCGAACCAGGAAGUGAUGUUCUGUAAACCGAGCACCCUGGGUUCGGCCGCCCUCUGA